UUUGGCAGACAUAUUAUUAAAUUAAAUUUAUGUAUAUAUGACGGGAUCAUCAAAAUAUUGGGGCGAAGAAGAAUAUCCUGAUGCAAUUUAUUCUGUUUAUUUGAAAAAAGUUCGUUAUGUUUCUCCAAUUAAUGAUGAAGGAAUUUCGUUUCGUGACACAGAUUCAACACAAGAUCAUUUACAAUGGGAAACGAUAAGGGAAAAAGUUGUAAAGGCUGGAAGUUUAAAGAGAAUUGUUGAAUCUUUGCUUGAUUCUGAAGGAAAAUUGGAUUCAAGACAGUUUAAUAUUUUCUUUACAACAUACCGAUCUUUUGCAAAAACUGAGGAAGUGUUAGAUUUAAUUAUUGAAUGGUAUUCUUGUCUUUCAAAUGAAUUAUUGUUAGAUUCUUCUAAAAAAUCAACAGAACGUCUAAAAAUGAUGAAAAGUACAUUAAAAUCAAUUAUUGUUUGUUGGUUAGAUAUGUAUUCUGAUGAUUUUUAUGUUAUUAAUUCCAAAAAUUCUUUAGAGAAAGAUAAAAAUGAAUUUAUUCUAAUUGAGAAAAUUAUAUUAUUUAGUAAAUCAAAUGGAUUAAAUGAUAUUAAAAGUAAAGCAAGAAAAUUGAGAGAAUAUUUUAAGAAUGUUUUGGGAGAAAUGGGACUUUGUGCACAAAUUCCUUCAAUUGCUCGUGUCAGUUUUUCUUUAACUGGCCACGAACCUCCAAUAACAAUUUCUUCACCAAUUUCUUCAAAUAAUUUUAAAUCUAAAAAUAUUUUUGACGAAAAAGAACAUUUUCGUUAUGCUAAAGCCCUUGCUGAAAGUCAAUCUAGAGCACAAAUGUUUGAUGUUGCUUGUGAUAAUUCUUUGCAAAUUGCUGAGCAAUUAACAUUUUGGGAUGCUUUACUUUUUAAACAAUUAAAGAUUUAUCAAUGUUUGGGAUCAAUUUGGGGAAAACGACAUAAAUUAAAUUCUGAUUAUGUAUAUAGUGUUCGGGCAACUAUAGACCAAUUUAAUUCUCUUUGUCAAAGAGUAAUGACUAGCAUUGUUUUGCCUGAUUGUAAAACAGAAUUUAGAGCACAAAUAAUUGAAAAAUGGAUUAAUAUUGCAAAAGAAUUACAUUCUUUAAAUAAUUUGUCUUCACUCAAAGCUGUUCUUUCAAGUUUGCAAUCACAGCCAGUAUUUCGACUUAAAAAUGUUUGGUCAUUAGUUUCAAAAAAUUCCUUAUCUCAAUUAAAUGAAUUAUCAUCAAUUUUUGAAUCAAAUAUAGAGGCGGAAGAUUUUUCAGAAUAUCAAAAUGACAAUUCUUUAUUAGAUAAUUUAACACCAAAAAAGCCCCCUAGACGAACAAAAAGCGAUUUAAAUAUGUCGUUUGAAACAACACAAGGAAUUUGCCCCUAUUUGGGUACUUUUUUGACAGAACUUGCAAUGAUUGACCAGGCUCAUCCUGACAAAACAGAUAAUGGACUUAUAAAUUUUGAGAAACACAGAUUUGAAUUUGAAGUUUUGGCAAAAUUAAGACUUUACCAAUCAGCUGCUAGAGCUUAUUCAUUUUCUAUGGAUCAAGCAUUUUGUGUUUGGUUUCAUUUUUUGCCUGCUUUAGAUGAAAAAGAAUGUUUUGUUCGUUCACUCGACAUUGAGCCUUAUACAAAUGAACAACAAAUGACACCAGAAACUGCAAGGAGGAAAACUCGCGACGCUUUUAUCCCUCAAAUGGGGAAAAUUAAUUCUUUGAGUAAAAUAUUUUCUGGUUUAAAUUCUUCUCCUAAAGAAUUAAAUCUUCAACUUGGAAAUUCUUCAUUUGUUGAACAACGACAAAAAAUGAAAACUUUAGAAAAAUAUAAUUAUUCAAAUGAAAGUAAUUAUCCCCCUUCUGGUAAAUUAUUAGAAAAACCUCCAAAAAGUCAAUUAAGAAGUCGAAGUCAAGGUUCAAAAAAAGAUUGUAGAUAUAAAACAAUAGAAAAUAAUAUUAAUGGUUAUUUAACACAAAAAUUAUCUGAGAAAAGAAAUGAAGAAAAUGAAUUUAGAGAGGAAAGAUUUUCAAGUUCUUGUUCAAAAGAAAUUAUGUUAGGGAAAGAAAUUGCUCCGAAUUUUGUGGCUCACAAAAAAUCCCCUUCAAUGUUACCUUCAACUUCUACCUCUUUUGCAUCCUCUUCUCUUUGUACUCCAAGCCCAAUUUCAACAGAACCUACUACAAGCAGUAGUAAUGGGAAAUUUAAUAGAUUUCCUACAACAAAUCAAAAUAUUAUAAAAGAAGAAAAUGAUUAUUUAAAAGAAGUUUUGGAACGAAAAAAACAUUUUCAGAAAUCUACAACAAGUUCUUCCUCUUCUCGUUCAUCAUUAGGAAUGUUAAUUCAACAACAACAAAAUAAUUAUUUUGGAGGUAUUUCCCCAUCAUCUAUGUCUGUUAGUAAUUGUCCAAGAGAAGAACAAAAUUUUCAUUUAGUUCGUGUAGGAUUAGAUGAUUCUUUACAAAAUGAAUUAGAAACAACAACAAAUACUAAUUAUAAAUGUAUAAAAGUUAUAAAUGGAGAUAAAAUGAUACAAGUUGUUAGAAGAGCUCUUGAAAAACAUUUGAUAGAUCCAGAAGAAGCUUUAGACUAUUGCUUGGUUCAAUUACUUCCAGAUGGAGGUGAAUUAGUCUUCCCUGAAAAAUGCAAUCCUUUUUAUGCCGUAGCUCCAGAUCCUUUAUCCCCAAUGACUAAUUGUAUUUUAAGAAAGAAAAUAUCAAAAACUAAUUAUAUAAAUACUCCAAAUUUAUCUUCAACAAUUUCUAAUAAUUCAAAUCAACACCCUGCUGAAAUUAAAAAACUUAAUAAACAAAAACGUAGCAAUUUACUUCGUUGGAGUAGUGGAUUUUUGUAA